AUGUUCAUGCGAGUUUUUACUAAAUGUAUUACAGAACUUCAUCAUCGAUCUUAUACUACUCAACAGUCUUUACCUUUUAAUACUACCAAUACAUUACAACAAAAUAAUGGAAGUAAUAAUGGUUGUAUGUUACCAACUCCUGAAGGUUGUGAUCACAAUGUUUGUUCCGAUAUAAUGUUGAUGUCUCCUUUCGCCAUAAUGUCUAAUGAAUUAAAUAUUGAUGAUGAGUUUUAUCUCGAACCAUUGGGAUCUCCAGCUCUUGGAUAUUUUUCAAAUUAUUUACAACCUGUACUUUUGUCACCGUUAACAUCACCAACAUUACAUCCGGAUCAAGAUAAUAAUACACAACAUCAAUCAAAUAAAUCAUUUUCAUCCGGACAUCAAUUGCCUCUUUUUAUCUCACCACCCGCCCCUAAAUUAUCACCCACCCCUAAAUUAUCACCCACAAAUACAACGAAUCUUUCUUCUACUACUUCAUCAUCAUCAUCAAAUGGUGUAAAUGCAAGAAUAAAAAGUCCUCAAGGUUUGAAACCUACAAUAAGUCCUAAUCUAAAACCAAAAUUACAUGGAAUAAUUGCUGAUGAAGUUGCAGAACAAUUAGCUAGUAAAUCAAAUUAUCAAAAUAUUUUAGAGGGGACAACAAAAUCACUUGGUAUUUCAUAUCCUUCAUAUGUACAUUCAAGUUUAGAAUCUCGGCGUACCACACAUAAAGCUGCAGAACAAAAACGUCGAGAUUCAUUAAAGCAAAGUUUUGAUGAAUUAAAAAAAGUUGUGGUAAAAAUGGCGAUGGCAAUGAUUUAA